AUGAACGUUACUUCCAACUCAUCACAUGAUAUAAAAACCGUUAACAUUGUUAACGAUCAAGAUUCAGCGGAGCUGGCACAGCCAAGAUUAUCACAUAAUACAGAAAUCAUUAACAAUAUCUCGCAGGAGCAAGUACAGAAAAGUAUUACGAAUCCCACUGAAGAUUUAACCUUAGUAAGCGAAUUCGUACAAGGUUUGUUACAGGAAUUCUCCUCACCUGGCACACAACUUUGGGAAUCUAUAGAGUUCUGCAAUCUCGCAACUGCAUCAGUAAGUCUCCAGAAGCUCGCCCAUUUGUUUUAUCAAGCGAAUACUGCAAGGAAAAAUUCGAUCAAAGCAAAACGAGAAGAGAUUUCUUCUUGGGGUUGCUACUCUGAAAGAUACGAGGACAAGGUCAUAGAGGUUAGGUCUGAAGAUAAGAAUCUUACGGAUAAGACUGCAAGGAGCCGGAUUUAUAAUGAAAUGAGACCAUACCUUACAGGCAUUUCUGAUGGGUAUUUACGUGUAAUGACUUGUAAAGCAAGAAAAAUUAAUAAGUUAUUUGGAUAUGAAUACGAUCCUGUAACUCUGAAAAAGAUUAAUGGUAUAGGAUGGCAUAUGGUUAAUCGGGUCACUUGUAGUGCUGACAGCAUUUCAAGACUCACUAAUCCCCAAAUUCGAUACAUUAUAGAUUAUGUGACUUCAAAAACCGUUAACAUUGUUAACGAUCAGAGUCAUGUGACUUCGAAAACGGGGGAUAAUCAACCUCAUGUAACUUCAAAAUCUGAGGUAAGUGUCUCAACUACACCUAUUCCUUCGUCACAAAUCUUCAAUUCUAUUAGCUCGAAAAAAAUAUUAGAAUCCAAAGUCAGUAUGCCAUCCAAAUCCCAGGCCUCUGACUCUUCUGGUUCGAUAACCAAGAUAAGUUUACCACUAAUCUCUCAACCCAGAAAGAUUAGGCCAUACAGUGCUCGCGCUUCCUAUAUCAACACGAUAUUGAAAGAUCAUUCUUACCUAUCCUUGCGACAUAGUAAUCCUCGUAGUGACAGCUAUGCAUUUGAUAGUUUGGGAGCUGCCGGUCCUGUUCCCCAGAUAGCUUCGUCGGAUGUGAUUUUUAACUAUGAUUGCUUUGCAAUCGCCUCUAGUAAUACAUAUCUUACUGAAUAUCAGUACAUAGUGCACCUAUUUUGGAGAAAUGACACUACUAGCUUCGCUAAAUCAUAUGCUUGUACAAUACCUGAAUCAUUAGCAACCCAAGCUUGGAAUGCAAUGAGAAAUGAUAAUAUUCCAGAUGAUAAGAAAUUUCUAGGUUUAACUAGUCGUAAAGUGAAAAAUCCUCAAACUCGAGAUCAAUUCAAUCAGUGGAAAGCUGAGAAAAUUGCUAUGUAUAAAAAAUAUAAUAGCCCACAAAUGCUUAGUUUCUUUCAUAAUAGUAAAUAUGAAGAAUAUUACAUUCCAUACGAUUGGAUAGGUAGAAAGAAAAACCAAUUACGAGAUAGAUUUAGUAAGCAUCUCCAACAAUUAGAAGUGUAA